AUGCCACGUAAGCUACGUAAGAAUAUACGUAAGAGGAAGGGAGCAUUGAAACAUCCAAUAGUAAAACUGACACCACAACAACAGUUGCAACAACAAAUGAUGAAUGACCCCACUAUGUUGCAACAAAUGUCAAGCAACCCUAUGCUUUUAAACCGAGUUAUUGGUGCACAGAGUGGAGGUUUAAGAGCGGCACUUUUAGCGAAAAUGGCAGGCUAUGGUGGAGCUGCAGACGGAACAGCUUAUAACCCUCAAAGUCAAAUGAAUUUGAGUUCACUCAAAAAUCAAAUAACAGAUGUCAAAAAGUCAAACAUAGACAUACAGAAACAAAUAAGUGAAAACGAAAAGAAACUAGAAUAUGACAGACACACAAAGAAACUCAAUGAGUUAAACGUAGAGAAAAAGAAGAAAGAAGAACAACUGAAAGAACUAAGUACAGAGGAAUAUGCGAAAAAAGUGUCAGAAAAAGCAGCAGAAGUAGCAAAAAUGGAACAAGAUGUUAUAAAUUUGAAAAACCAUACUACUCAAUAUAAAGUACUGAAAGAUGAAGAGAUAAAACAAAAAGCCAUGAAGACAUAUAUGGAUAGCGAUGAGUAUAAAAAAGAAGUUGAAGCAAAUGUAAAGGCAGAAAAACUUUUACAGUUGCAAAACCAAACCGUACAGUAUGAAAACUUAGCACAAGAAAGUAAAAAUAACGACGCGGCUAUGCAAAAGGCAAUGAAAA